UCCGCCCAAAAAAAAGCUCGUCCGUGCAUGACUUCACACCUCGCACAAAACAACGUCGUCGAAGGAGCUUCAGGCCGCCAGCCGCGCCUAAAGUCAAUUGGACCCAUCUUCCCUCUCCAAGCCUGCGCCCAGUCCGAUACCUGAACGACGACCUGCUACAAUUGUCAAAAGAUGUCGCCCAUCCUCCGCAACGCCCUCGUGCGCGCCUCCCGGCAGUCGGCGACCACGGCUCUCGGCUAUCGCGCCGCCUCGACACACGCCAUCUCGAACCCGACGCUGGCCAACAUUGAGAAGAGAUGGGAGGGCAUGCCGAUGCAGGAGCAGGCCGAGCUCUGGAUGGCGCUGCGCGACCGGAUGAAGGAGAGCUGGACUGAGCUUACCAUUCAGGAGAAGAAAGCCGCCUACUGGAUCGCCUUCGGUCCUCACGGCCCCCGCUCCCUUCCUCCUCCGGGCGAGAACAAGAAGGUUGCACUCUACACUCUCAUUGGCGUCGGUGUCAGCUUCGUCAUCUUUGCUACCGUCCGGGCGUUCGCCAGGCCGCCGCCGAGCACCAUGACCAAGGAGUGGCAGGAGGCGACAAACGAGUUCCUGAGGAACCAGAACUCGGACCCGUUGACGGGUAUUUCGUCAGAAGGCUACCAGGGCAAGGGUCAUGUGCAAUCCCCCUCUGGGAAGGCAUAAACGAGACGGGCUUUCUUUUGUCAUUAGAUUGAGUCUUCGCGCCGGCACUGCUCAUACGACACGAGCCAAGCGAGGAAACCUCAGGGGGUCCGGAGCAUUGGGGCUUACCGGAGUUGAUAUUGGAUGAUGUAAAUACUGUACAACGCUGACAAUGCGAAUUUCUCCUUGAUAGUCGCCAGCCCAGACUAAACCAGAAGUCCCUAGCUUUGCCUUUACCGCCUUCGACCCAGCGCCCGGCUGACGCCAACACGGAGGAUAUGUGGAAAGCGGACAGCCUGAAUCCCGGGACGGCUGAGCUUCGCCAUACUGGGAACGCCAGUGCGUGCCUCUCAAGAUCAUGACCGCGGAUACACAAAAGCCUGAUGUAUGAGGCUGCAUGCCAUUGUGGGGUCUUCUG